GAAAUACCAUUUAUUGUAAAUAUGGAUGAUGACUCUCCGACUACUUCACCAUAUCACACAACAGGUCCAUUCUCAGAUACUAGUUUUGAAGAUAUAUCCUCAGAGCACAGCCCAGAUUCAUCCUUGGAUGAAUUCAGUGAUAUAGAUUGGGAUUAUAAUGAAAGUCUUUUAAAACCUGAGUCGGCAGAAGGUUCCACGCAUUCUCCAGAGGCAACAACUUCUUAUGCCGAAAUCAGUGGAUUUUAUGGACAAGAAGAAAUUAAACAGAAGUUAGAAAGUAUAAAUUAUUCACCUCAAAAAAGUCUACCGCUAUCUGAUUAUUAUAUGUCCUUGGAUUCAUCGAGUGACGAACCUGAGCACAAACCCCAACCGUUUCUGCAUUAUUAUAAUGAUGACAGUAGCUCUGAUGAAGUAAAGAGAGCUGAAAAAUCGGACGAAGAGGUGAUGAAGUCGGUGAAACCGUCUUUCAAUCGAAAUGUGAAUUUUAAUACUAAAAUUUUCAAUAAGGGUCAUGUUCAACAGAGUAGUCUAACUUCAGUGGCUCGAAAAAAGACCAUGUUGGCAAAGGCAGUGAGUCGUAAACUUCUAUAUUCAAAGUUGUCUAGGCGCACGCCUGUUCAACUCGCUGAGAAUACAAAUUUAUGGCAGGUUGGGGAAUUAGUUUGGGCACGUUCACUUCCACCCGACAAUUUCCCUUGGUGGCCCGCCAUAGUGGUUGCAAAGCCAAAAAAAUAUUCGGAGUCAGAAACAGUACCCGCCACAUAUCGAGUUUGUCUACUGGGUCUCAUUCGACCGCUAACUUUUCUCACUCUUCCACAGACUCGUUUACGACUUUAUGCUGGUAGAGAAGAGUAUGAGUCUUUUUAUCGGAAGACUGUUUUGGAAGCAAAAAACAAACUGCGGGCUCUACGUCAAUUCGCUAUUCAGCCAAGCCUACAGGAAGCAUGGUUUCGUGCUAGAGAUGCUGCAGCUGAGGCGAAGUUGGCUAAACCACGGCCUGCUGGUCGAUUAGCAUUGUUUCCAUGGAUAACUGAUCCAGCGUUUCUUAAACUUGAUCCACUGGCUGAUUAUGUUAGAAAGAAUACUGGAAAAUACACAUUGUUUGGUAAAUCACGUAAGCGUACCCACUCGGAAGAUAGUAGUUCUUCAUCAGAAGAUUCAGACACAUCGCCUGCUUCUGACAGUGAUGCUGAUUCUAAAGGGAAACACGGUCCAGGUUCUCAUGUCUCUUCGUCGACUACUUCAGGCAGUUCAUUUGGACCUCGAAAACCAUUAAAACCUUCAAAUGAUGAUUCCAAGAAUGAUAGAAAAACUGGCCUCCGUUGGAUAGAUUUGGCGAAUUCUUUUGAAUUUGAAAAACUACGCUUUGGUUAUACUACACCGAAGCAUUACUUUUUAUGUUGUGUUUGUGGUGAAUGCCAUCCAGCAUGGAGUGCUGGUAAUAAUAACACUACUACUACUACUACUACUACUACUGCUACUACUACCACGAACAGUAGUAGUCAAUCAACUCCACGGAAUACUGUUGGCCUGGCACCACUCACACCAGAUAUGAACACUGGUUUCGAUCCACAGAAAACCUGUAGUCAAUCAACACAAUCUGACAGGGUGGAGAAUACAGUAGUUAUGCCAUGUGCUGGUGGCUGUGGGAAUUAUCUACACUUAUAUUGUGCUCCGCAUAUAUUUUAUAGGAUUAUAAAGCAUAAAAUUUGUGAAAAUAAUGGUACAGAUGAUGGCGGGGGUGGUGGUGGUGGUGGUGGGAAAGACACACCAAUGACAAAUGCAGGGUAUACUGAAUCCUCAGUACAACCUAAUCCAGUGUGUAGUUUGUGCUUAGCUGGGCUAAGACAGUGCUUCAUUUGUUAUCUAACUCAUCCUGACCCCAGUUUGACUAACCUUCAAACCCCUAAUGGCUAUGAAACGCCUAUGUUCUAUGGCAAUUCCGAACCACCUGUAGUCGUCGAUAAAGGCAUCUCUGAAGUAACCAUGAAAAUGGAAGAGGAUACAACUGCCGCUGCUGCUGCUACUCCUACUCAUCAUCAUCAGAAAGACAUCCAGCCAGUAUUAGAAUCGAAUAAAUCUGAUCAUCAAUUGAUACGCUGUUCAGUUCGUUCGUGUCGACGAUGGUUUCAUCCUAGCUGUCUGCGUAAGCCUCCUUUUGCAAUUGUUGUUCGUGAACGACGUGCCGGUGCUUUCUCGUGUCCUGCGCAUACAUGUUUAGCGUGUACAGCUGAAACACCUGGGACAAUGCCACGUCCAUCUGCACAUUUUAUUCGUUGUGUUAUGUGUCCCGCCGCUUAUCAUCCAGGCGAAUGGUGUCUACCGGCUGGUAGUAAAGAAGUGGCGCCUAACUUAAUUAUCUGUCCACGUCAUUCUUUAGAAAAUGAAUGUAAACUCUACUGUGCACCGCCUAAUAUACAACUGGAAUUACCGCCAGCUGCACUGUUGAAAAUGUUUAAGCCAACUAAUGUCUCUUGGUGCUUUAUCUGUUCUAAGGGUGGACGUAUUAUAUGCUGUGAAAGUUGUCCAGCAUCGUUUCAUGAAGAAUGUCUUAAAAUUGAUGAGGUACCAGAUAAAUUUAUCUGUGAAGAUUGUACAAAUGGUCGAAUGUUACGUUAUGGUGAGAUUGUAUGGGCACGUUUACCACCAAGUCUCCAGUCAUAUCAUCAACGUUGUUUAAAAUUAUCUGUUGCAUAUAAUUCCCAUCGUUUACCGGGAGUAUUUCGUCCUAAUGAAUAUGCCUCGCUUACAUCUGGUAUGUAUUGGUGGCCAGGAGAAUUAGUUCAUCCACAACAUUUACCAACAAGUCAACAUUCUGUAAAAGAUGAUAGCCAUAAUAACAACAGUCAAACAUUUGCAAUUAAUUUUCAACCAACAAGUAAUCCAACAUUGCCUACAUCUAAUAAUAUCCUCGGUUCAGUAUUUGUUCGUUUAUACGGUCUGACGAAUAGUCUUUCAACGAAACAUUCACGUCCUGUUUAUUUAUUGACAACACGGGCUAGAUUAUUUCCAUAUGAAGAAGGUGAUGAUAAACGAAGAGGAAGUAGUUCUAGCUCAAGUGAUGACGACGAUGAAUCUACUGAAUCUGGACGUGGUGAAGAAAGUGACAUUGUCAAGAAAAAGGCCACUUCAUCAUCAAAACAACGGGCUGAUCGUAAUCGUCGUAAAAAGCAGGAUGAUGGUGAAGAUGAAGAUCCAUUGUUAGAAUUGAAUCCCAGUAAUUUUCUUGUUGAAGAUAGUACUAAUACUACUAGGAAUAAUAAUAAUAACAUUAAUAAAACACCCGAAUCAGGUAAUACUUCAUUAGAAUCAUCCAAUACUACUACAUCAGCUAACAAGUUAACAACUUAUAAUCGUUUACCACGUUAUCCAUAUUUAAGACCACGUAGAAAUCGAUAUUUAAAUGAUGAGAAUUCAAGUAAUUGUAAUAAUACAGGACUUCUGUCUAAUCAACGUACCCCACCAUCUGUGAUUCGACGUAGAAAAUUUAUUUAUAAUGCUGCAAUCAAACAAGCUGCUCGGGGUUGGCUUAAAAGACGUGAAAAAUUCUCCAAGCUAUUAGGCAGAAAACGACGUCCUGAUUAUUAUAAACCAAUUAAAGUGAAUUGGCCAAUUGGCUCUGUUCGUGUCUAUCGUCUUACUGAUUCAAGUGAAGCUCUACGUUGUGAUUGUAUUAAGGAUUCAGAAGAUCCAUGUGGACCAACUAGUAAUUGUAUAAAUCGUGAAUUACACUAUGAAUGUCUGCCUAGUGCAUGUCCAAAUGGAGAAGCAUGUCGUAAUCAACGGUUCACAAAACGUCUUUAUCCACCUCAACAACCAUUUUGGACAGGUGAUGAACGCGGCUGGGGAUUAAAAACCAUGGUGCCAAUUCGUGCGGGAGAAUUUGUUAAUGAAUACAUUGGUGAUUUAAUUGAUGAAGAUGAAGCGAAUCGACGUUUAAGAUUUGCUCAUGAAAAUAAUAUAACUAAUUAUUAUAUGAUGAAAUUAGAUAGUCAACGUAUUAUUGAUGCUGGACCUAAGGGUAAUCUAUCCCGUUUCAUGAAUCACUCGUGUGAUCCUAAUUUGAAUACACAAAAAUGGACUGUAAAUGGUGAUAAUAGAAUUGGAUUAUUUGCUGUCAGAGAUAUCGCUGCUGGUGAAGAGUUAACCUUCAAUUAUAAUUUUGUUGCAUUGGGUCAAGAACGUUUAAAUUGUCGAUGUGGAGCUUCAAAUUGUGUUGGAUUUUUAGGUGCACGUUCAGAGUCCUCAAAUAAUAAUAAUAAUGGUAAUACUGCACAAGUUGGUACUGCUACUAAUAAUAAUAAUAGUAGUAAUGGUACAUCUGCUAAUUCUUGUUCUGAGUCGAACAGUUCAUCAACUGUUCCAGUGAAUGCAGAUACAAUUCGUGGAUCUAGGCGGAAUACUUCACAAGGUGGUAGCAGUGGUAACUCACGUGCAGGUGGUACUGAAAAAGCGCAUACAAAUCAUGAUGGACGUGAUUCAGUUUCCAGUAGAACUCCCAUUUCAACUGUGUCGAAUCAUUCAAUGGCAAGCGGAAGAAAUAGUUCAGGAAGUGUAAUGAAUACUUCAGCGUGUAAAGACAAGUGUGUUGAAACGAAAUGCUUCCGAUGUGGUAAAGUAGAAGCUCCUGUUGGCCAUCGUUCAUUACAAUCUUCUGAAUUAUCAAAUUCAAUAUAUCCUUCAAUUACUGCUACUACUACGCCUACAAAUACUAUUUCCUCAUCAAAUAAACGUGGACUCAAGCGUGAAUUAGAAAGACUUGUUGCAGCUGUGACUCAUCAUCAGUCACCAAUUAAACACAAACAAUCUCGACUUAGUAGUGGUAGUGCUGGUUCCUCUUUGAAAUCUUCUAAUAUGAUGAAAACAAUCAAAGCAGAAGAUCAUGAUGAUGAGAAUGAUGCCGACAACGAUGAUGAUGAUGAGGAUGAAGAUGAUGGUGAUGGCGUUGAUGGUGAUGAUAAACAGAGAUUGAAAAAAUCAUCAUCCGAUUUAAUUGUGUGCAGUAAAUCUGAUUGUCCAAAAGUAUAUCAUUUAUUCUGUUUAGAUUUAGAUGCACCGCCUGUUAGUGGUCGAUGGUUUUGUCCUUGGCAUCAUUGUGAUGCAUGUGGUCGUCCUUCGCAUGUCUUCUGUUCCAUAUGUCCAUCUUCAUUUUGUUUAGCGCAUGUUGAAGGCAGUAUUAUUGUACUGCCACCAAUCAUACCGAAACGUAAAUCUAGGUCAACUAACAAUCGAUCUAAUAAUAAUAAUAAUAGCAACUCUUCUGCUGAAGAUGCCCUUCUUGCACGAAUUGUAUGCAUGUCUCAUUAUGAAUUAGUGGAGAAAAUGUCCAAAACAACAACAACUACUAGUCAUGGAAUAAGUUCAGUUAAUACUCCUGCUCCGUCUCCGCCGCCUCCGCUGCCUGCUCCUUCUUCUCCCCCAUCACCUCCUCCUCCUCUGCAUUCCAAUCCGUCAACACCGACAGCCGAUAAUAAUCAUAAUAAUGAUAAUAAUUCACUCCUAACUGAAGAGCCAGGCGAAAUUGAAAAAGACGACAAAGAAAACGCAGAAGUAGGCAAAUUUGAAGACAAAACGGUAGUAGAAAGCGAUGAAGACAAAGGCGGUGUGGAAAGAGACGAUAAAGAUGAUGAAAGAGUAGAAGUAGACGAAGAUAGUGUAGAAAGGAACGAAGAAGAAGAGGAAGAAGGUGUAGAAAUGGAUGAGGAUAAAGAGAGAGUAGAAUUUAAAGAAGAUGCUGUGCAAAGUAUUGAAAACAUAGAAAUAGACGAAGAAAAUGAAGAAGAAGGUGUAGAGGAAGAUACAGUAAUCAUGGAAGACGAAAGAGAGGAAGAAGUAGAAAGAGGCGAAGAUCAAGAAGAAGGAGAACGAAUGGAAGAAGAUGUAGACAAUAAUGAUGAAGCAGAGCAGUUGAAUAGUGUAGAGUCGUCAGGGUUGUGGACUAUAAGAACAUAUAGUAGUAGUAGUAGCAGUAGUGGUCAAUCAAUAGAGGCGAAUACUCUACACGACGAUACUACCACUACUAUUACUAAUUAUAAUAAUGAUGAUAUGAAUAACAAUAUCAGUAACGAUAGCCAAUCUCCUUCUCCUCCUCCUGCUGUUGCUUCUUCCCCUUGUUCGUCUGUUACUUUCGAGUGAACUGUGUAGAAUGAUGACUCCCUCUUAAAGGCUGUGUGUAAGCCCUAGAUAACAAAUGGUGGAACUACUGAAACAAACAUAGAGUGUAAAUAUAGGUGUAUAUGUGUGUGUAUAUAGGUGUGUCUGUGUAUCUGUAUGUCUGUGCAUCUGUGUGUGUGUCUAUGUAUAAAUGUGAAAUGAUCAAUUAAUUGAUCAACUAUAUAUUUUAUUUUAAUGUAUACUUGUACUACUUGUAUAUAUAUACUUAUUUAUUUAACUAUUUAUUGGACGAAUGAUUUGAAAAAAAAGAUGGAC